GGGGUCCUUCAAUGGCUGCCUCCCGCUGUGCCUGACUCACAAUCGAUUCGGCGACGUGUGUAGGCAGUGGUCUGACGCAGACUCGAGCAGCGCGAGCGCUUUAAUGCUCUGAAGGACAGGAGCUGUGCAGAGCUGGACAUGAGGCUGACUCCAUGGUCACACACAGCAGGAAGUGUGUAUUGGUGUUCGGGGUCUGCUCUCGUUUAGCUCGAGUCUUCUGGACUUCAUGUGACGGAUCCACAAUGUUCAUCGCUGCAGCUUUCCCGAGUCUCCUGCUGAUGGUGAUCUGUGUGGUCAGCACCUCGGAGAAGCUGGGACAUGGAGAAGAUACGGAGUCUGCUGGAGAUCUGCUUCAGAUCAGCUCUUCUGAGGAGGAGAUACAGACUCCUUCUUCUGCUGGAUCUGGACCCAGCUUCAGCUCCAGUCUGCUGGACGCCACAGACACCUGGACAGAAGCUGACCGUCUGAGAGCAGAGGAAGUGAGCGUCUCGUCUCAAGACGUCGUCACCGAGGCCACCAUGUCCUCCGAAGACCUUCCUCUGAUCUUUGAGCCGUCUGAGGACGUCAUGCCGGCCAGAGCAUCAUCUGAACUGUCUGUCGCCAUGACGCCAGCGGCUGUAACCGUGGGAGACGCAGAGCUGGAGUGGAUGGUGUCCAUGGAUACGGAUCGCACUUCCUCUGAUGUCCGUGUCUCAGGAACGCUGGAGACGUCUGGAGCGAGAGAGCCAAUCACAGAGUCCCAUCUGGCAGAGGAGGAUUAUGGGACGACACCACCAGGUGAUGACAUCACACAGAGCAUCGUUACCCAUCAGGCUCUGCUGGACUCUGAGGUCGUUCACUUAGCGUCAAAACUGAAGACAGACAUCCCAAAAGAUCCCAGAAUUAAAGAGGAGCCUGAUGAAGAUGAAGAGGACGAGGAGAUGGACUCUGAGGAGGAGGAGAGUGAAGAGGACCUGACAGAGAGCACCGUGGCCCCCCACAGAAGUGCUCCGUAUGGCCUGAUCCCUCCUCCUCCCGUCUGGGUGCAGCAGAACCAGGGCUUGGUGCGGAGCUGGGUCGAGCUCAUCAGAGAGAAGGCUGGGUAUGUGUCAGGGAUGUUGGCUCCGGUGGGGAUCGGGAUCGCUGGAGCUCUUCUUCUGGUCGGAGCUCUGUACAGCAUCAGAGCGAUCCAUCGACGGAGGAACAGCUUCAAACACCAGAGGAGGAAGCCUCCCAGAGAAGUGCGCAGUGGACCAGACAACACCAUGCUGCUGGCCGACAGUUCAGAAGAUGAGUUCUGAGGAUCUGGAGUCAGAUCUCACACAAACACAGCAGAAAACCGUCCGAUCACGCGCUCGUCUUCACCUGCAUCCACACACUUCUGACAAACUGAGAACGUGAACAUUUAAGAGUGGUAUUUUAGUAGCAUUGAGAUGCUAAGUAAGCUUUAUUCAUUUUUUUUUUCAUUUUUAUUUUAGUUAAUCAUUUUGUUGUUGUUUUUAUUGUAUUUUAUUUUUAUACGUCAAGUAACUAAAUUCAAAUGAGAUUUAUUUUUUCAUGACAACUAGCUGAUUUUUUUUUU